AUGGCAUACAGUACAGAUUUUGACGAUGACCUAAUCAGCAAUCUCCCAGAUGAGCUUCUAUCUUCAAUCAUCUCACUCCUUCCGGCGAAAGAAGCCGUAGCAACCACUGUCUUGUCUCGCCGGUGGAGCCACCUGUGGACGUCCCUUUCUCGCCUUGAUUUCGACCCUGAUGUUAAGGAUGCGGACCUAGUUGAUUUAAUUGAUCCAUUCGAAAGCAUUGAACACGUCGUCUCGUCUCAACAGGGUAAUGUCACCUUCUUCCGGAUUUGUCACUCUCCGGACGACUGGCCGCGUUUGCCGAAAUUGAUCAAUCACCUCAAAGUGGACAAAGCCAUAGAAGAGCUCGGACUCACUUGGAUAGAUGAUGGGUACGAUCGGUGUCUUGACUCGUCUAUUUUGCCAGCGAGUUUCUUCCGGUGUGAACCUCUCCGUGCCCUAGAACUCAGUAAGUACAAACUCCGUUCCGACAACAUCACUAUUGCGGCUGCUUUUCAAGAAUUUGAGCAUAGUUAUUGUAGGGGAUUCGAUUAA